AAAGUCGUUCAUUUUUGAAAAUAAUAUAUACCUAAAGGAUAUGAGCGAACGUCGGAAAAGAGGUGGUCGUAUGUCUUGGCGAGGCCAGGGGCGUUUAACAGGGAAAAAUGUAGUGGAUCCAGUUGAAAGAGAUGGAGAUGUAGUUAUGACAGAUGAUACAAGUAAUUUGAAAGAAAGAUUUAAUCCUUAUAAGGCAUCGGGUCGUACAAAAAAAGCAUUUAAAGGGCAUUUUUAUGAUACACCAACAGAAAUUAUGAUUACAGGUUAUGAUGGGGGUACAGAAGAUGAUUUGAUUGGGUUUAUUUUUCGUAAAAGCCAUGUAUUAAUUACAAAUUUACAUUAUGAUGGAUCUAUACUCUAUGCAUCAGUAUCAUCGUGCGCGAAUGCUCGUGCUCUUCUUAAGCUUUCUGGAUCUAGAUUUGCAGGCAAAAAUCUUUUUAUAUCAAUACCUGAUACUCAAAAAGAUCAAGUGAUGUCUAUGGCUUCGUCUACAUCUUCAACCUCAAUUCCAAUAACUAAACAAUCUACGAUUAAUAUUUUAUUGGAAUUUCUUUCUAGCAAAUAUAUUCAUGAAACAAAAACACUGGAUUUAUCAUCUAUGCAUUCAAACCCUAUACUUGUUAAUGCUGGAAUGUUUUCUUCUGUGUUGGCUUCUAUCAAAACAUUUCCUGCUCUAAUGAAGAUAGCUAAACGUGAAUUUCCAAAUGUUAUAACUGUCAAUUUGUCGUCUAAUAAAAUAACUUCUCUUAUUAAUGUAUCUUCAUUAGCUCAAACAUAUCCUAAUCUUAAAAAUCUUAAUUUGGCAAAUAACCUGCUUAAAUAUUAUAAAGAUUUUGAUAUUUGGUCUCAUAAAGAUAAACUUCCAAAUUUACAGGAGCUCAUAUUAAUUGGAAAUGAAAUUCGGGAAAAUGAAAUUAAAAAAGGAAAUGAAAUUAUUUAUCGUUCUGAGAUUAUCAAACGAUUUCCAAAUUUGAAAUUGCUUGAUAUGGUUCCUGUGGCACAAACUAUUCAAUUUGAUAUUAAGGAUUCUUCAAUUAAUAAUUUCGGCAAAACUAUAUUACCUAAAAAGAUUUGUGGUAGUUUUUUUGAAUCUGAUCUUACUAAAAAUACAGUCAUGGCGUUCUUAGAAAAAUAUUUUUCCUUAUAUGAUAAUGAUAGGUUAAAUACUGUUUCAUUAUAUAAUCAAAACGCCUUAUUUUCUAUAUCAGUAAAUACAGUUGCACCAAGAAAAAGAGAGCCGGGUGUAUUUUCAUAUAGUUCUUCCCAAUUUUCGGAAUAUAUUUCUAUGAGCAGGAAUCUCAUGCGACUGUCAUCAUUAGAUGCAAGAGUUGCAAAGCUUAAUAUUGGUCAUGCAGAUAUUUCUCGAGCUUUUUCUGCAUUGCCAAAAACUCGUCAUAAUUUUUCCGAUUCAAAUCUAUAUUGUGUAGAUGCAUGGCCACUUAAGGGUGUUUUAUCAACAGAUUUAGACCCGAAUGGUUUAGUUGGCAUACAAAUUAUAUUACAUGGAAUUUUUUUUGAAUUAAAAGGUAAGCGAGAAACUAAAAAGUCGUAUGAUAGAACUUUUAUUAUUGGGCCUGAUAAUGGAAAUAUUACUAUUAGAAGUGAUAUGCUUAUUAUUCGACCUUAUGGGGGAAAUAAUAGCUUUUGUAUAAAUAAACAAGAUGAAACAUUGUCUUCAAAUAAUACUUAUGAAGAACAAAAGCAAUUUAUGUUGAACGAAAUUUCUAAAAAAACAGGGCUUAAUCAAAAAUUUUCUUUAAUGUGUUUGGAGCAAAAUCAAUGGAAUAUGGAACAAGCUAUGAAUAAUUUUAAUAUUUUGAAAGAAAAAGGUGUCAUUCCUUUAGAAGCAUUUAAAUAA